AUGUGCCUAGAAUGGCCCGCCUUGCUGCAGGCCUUGUGGCAGCAAGCCGCAGGCCCUGGCUGGCUCUACAGCACAUCGGGCGGGCGGUGGUUCGUGACGGAUCGCGAGGAAGGGGUCGCCUCCAACACCGGGCUCCUGGCCUCCAAUGCCCUGCAUCAGGGCCGGCUCCCCCAGGAGACGGAGAAGUGGCAGGAGUUUGUGGAUGGGGCGUGGCAACUGGCACCUUCCGUCCUCGUAGUUGCAGAUGUGGAGUGCCUUCAUAUCAGGGGCAUCUCCAUGACGGCCGAGACGGAGGGAGACCUCGAGGAAUUUAUGCUUCAUUUUGUGACGUUGCUGCAUGAGAGAGUGUCUACGAAAGCGGCCGUACACACAGUCGGCUCCAUGUUCAUGCCCAGUGAGCCAUGCCGGCUGCCCUGGCUGCAUGUGCGCACUGUGCAUCAGAGGCCACGGACAGAUUCGGCUUUCAGUGGCGCUACAACGAAUCGGAUGUCUCGGCUUUCUGCUCUGAUGCUGCUGCAGCGACGAGGCAAAGGGAGGCUACGUGCAGUCCGUGCUGGCAACCCACAGAGACGAGAGGCCAGAUCUUCCACAGUGGCUCACCAGAAGGUGGCUCUGGUGAUUGGUUUCAUUGGCUCCAGAUACCACGGAUUGCAGAUCCACUAUGACGAGGAGGUCACCCAAGCUGUGACCAUCGAGUGGCUCCUGCGAGGGGCCUUGUUGUCCUCCGGCGCUCUGGAGGAAUCCAAGGCAACAAGCCUAGAGCGCAAUGCAGAAUGGAGGCACUCCAGCCGCACAGAUGCUGGUGUCCACGCUUGCAGACUGGUCAUCACGGCUCGUUUGGCUGUGGGGCGACCGGAUGAAAAGGGACACAGCCGAGCUGAUGUGAGGGCACGAGACGACCUACUGCCAGAUGAUGUAGUGGUGUUUGCUGCCCGGCUGGUUCCCGCAACCUUCGACGCUCGGUAUUCCUGCUCUUGGCGUGAGUACGACUACAUCCUACCUGCCAGUGUUUUGACUCACCAGGUGGCAAGACCAUGUCGAGCAGGAUUUCAAAGGCUGCAGAUCUUCGGUGCGAUGAUGGCAGGCCCUCCAAUCCGUGCACAGGCUGCUGCAAGUCUUUGUUGGUCGACACUGCUUCCACAACUUCACCCGUCUGCGCGGCAGCCGGAGCCGUCCACGACACUUGUUGGGACAUUCAUGUCAGAGAACCUACAAGUGGUCCAGCGGCGGUCGAAGUGCAAGGGAGCUUGCCUCGCUGCUCACUUGAGGGCAGGAGAGCCAACGCUGCACUCUGUGGACACCUUCCGCCGAACUGAAUCCAAACUUGAGGCGUGCGAUGCCCAAGUCUUGCAUCUCCCAGGCCCUGCAGAGGACUUCAUCCACAUUCUCUUGCAGGGCAACCGCUUCCUGUAUAAUCAGAUCCGGUACAUCGUUGGGGCUGUUGCAGCUGUCAGCGCUGGCUACUUGCCUGAGCCCUCGCUGCGGGCCGCACUGUGCAGUUCAGCCAGGUUCCGAUUCCCUGUCGCCCCAAGCUGCGGGCUGCUGCUGCGGUCCAGUGGCUUCACAGGCACCAGACAAAAUCCGUGCGAUGUCGCGAUGGACCAAGAGCAGGUGUUCAGUCGGAUGCUGCCAAUGACUACGCGGCUUUUGCUGGAUGGAUCUGCAUCAGCGGACGCGCAGGCCUUUGAAAAGCGGGUAUUUGCAGAAGCUGCAGCUAGCUGGCAGAAGGACACAGAGGAGAGCUUCCGGCUGUCCUUGAUGCGGGCUCGCUGUCCAGACGAGGCCUUGCAAGAGUUUUGCCCGGUGGCCUUGGCAGCUCUUUGCGUCCUUGGAGGGUUCUGCAUCGCCGGCGGUGAGAGUCAAUUCCUUGCCCACGCAGGUGCCGUGGGCGGCCUCGGUGAUCCUGCAUGGAAGAGGUAUUUUGUGGAAAAUGCCGUCGUUGAACCUCUUGCGUCAGCCAUGCCAACUUCAGUGUUUUUGCCACCUGGCCUCCUAGCCACACGGGCUGUUCUUGCGGACAAGACGCAGGAAGCAGCCUCGGUGCCGAUGGCGAGUCCGGGCUUUGUGUCUGUUGACAGGCCACUUGCGCUGACCCUCUUGGAGCGAGGCCUCUUUGUGGCACAGGCCGACCCGGCCCCGUGCCCAAAGCCGCGGAUCUCGGAUGUAGCUUGUGUUGCCAAGCUGGCUCGCAGCCCGAAUGGGACCGAAGUUGUCAGCAAAUUUCUCAGCUCCAACCCCACUGCAGCGCCAAUGCUGGUGUCGGCGCUUCUCCCCGAAGUGGCAUGCUUGGCCAGUCACCCCUAUGGCGCUGGCGUUGUCAGUGAGCUUUUCUGCCAUUGCCAGGACUUAAAGCUCAGUUCUGCCGUCAAUGCGCUGUCGAGCUGUUUGAAGGGCUCCUUGGUGCGCCUUACCAAAGACCGUUUCGGCUGCAGGGUCGUCCAGGCUGCCUUACGAGAGGCAAUGCCGGAAUUUCAGCAGUGUUUCGUUUCGGAGCUCCAGGGCCAAGUCCUCAGCCUCUGCCAGCACCUUCAUGCCAACUUCGUGCUGCAAAAGUGCAUUGAGCUGCUGGAGCCUCACUUGGCUGUCUUCAUGAUCACGGAGCUCAAGGACCAUGCGGUCUCAGUCGCGGUUCAUGUCUAUGGUUGCCGUGUCUUGCAGCGUUUGAUUGAGCACUGUUCGCGCGAGCCACAACUUAUCGAACUGGUUGACUCCAUGCUGGGCAACGCGGAGAAUGUCGAGAAGCUGCUGAAAGACCUCUUUGGCAGCAAUGUCCUCCGUGCUUUGCUGGUACAUGGCACCGUGCAUCAUGUGAAAGCGAUUUUGGAUGUCCUCGGUACCAACGUCCUCAAGUUUGCGAAGCACAAGCAUGCCUCACUGGUGUUCGAGCGGUGUCUGGAGGUGUCGAGCAGCUGCGAAGAACUUCGGCUGCCGCGGAAGCAGCUGAUGGCUCAGCUGAUUCAGAGCAACCUCUCGGGCAAAGCUCCCCUCAGCCAGGUUCUGUUGGAUCGCUUCGGCAACUAUCUGGCACAACGUGUGAUCCAGUGCUGCUGCAGCGACGAGGAGGAGAUGAUAGUGAAGCUCUUGGCGUCCUCCUGGCCGAAGCUGCAGCGCUCACCGGUGGGCAGGCACAUCAUUGUGGCGGCCACGCGAAGGCCGUGCAGUCGUCUGGCAGCUUUCGUCAGCGCUUCACCUGAGACUCCUGCUGCGUCGGGUGAAGAAGCACAGGACCUCUUUACUGCAAAGUUUGGUUCUGGCAUUCAGCAGAAUUAUCAAAGCUUAGCAACGCCUCGUCACGUUGACUUGGCACGGGCACGUUUGGAAUCCUGGCCGCUGUUAUCUCCGAGUGCAAGAAAAGAACGUGCAAAGCCCUCUAUGCAGCAGCCCGUGAAGGAGCUGCCAGUGGCACCCACGCUACUGACAUUCCUGCCUCCGCCAGGCUUUGAGCACUUCGUGCAGAAGACCUUGCCUGCAAAUGAUAGGCCUGGAGUGCAGCAUCACUGCUCGCGGAAUGGGGCCGAACAGCCGGAUGGCAGCGGCCAAACGUCUCCGAGCGACACGGGCCUCCGAAGUUCCGCUGCUCGCCCUGAAGCUGCCGGUACCGACAUCGCAGACUACAUCGUGAAGAUUAUCAGGACGGAAGUAGGGUCGGAGGGGAUGGUCCAAUGCUUGGCCAGCGCCAGUGCGCUGGGCCUUGCGGUGGCUGUCGCAGCUGUGCUCCCGGAGCUGCCGGACUUGGCAUGUGAUGUCCACGCGUCCAAAGUCCUCAUAGCGCUUUUGGAGCACUGCAGGGAUGUGUCACAAUAUCGGGUGAGACUCGUCCAACGCCUUCGUGGGCAUUUGCUCAAGCUGACGAAGGACAAAACCGGCUGCGUCGUGAUGCAGCGCAUGCUGGACGUAGCAGCAGUAGAGCUGCAAAGUUGCUUGCCCCUCGAACUGCGAGGCAAAGUGCUAGCAUGCAGCCAACAUUUGCACGGAAACUUCGUGCUGCAGCGAUGCGUGGAGGUUUUCCCGCCAGAGUCCCUUUCCUUUCUCAUCCUUGAGUUGAAGGGGCAUGCUGCCUCCGUCGCCACGCAUAUCUACGCUUGUCGUAUUCUGCAGCGCCUGGUGGAGCGUUGUCCAUCGCAUCCGGAGAUGCCGGAGCUGCUUCAGAGCAUCCUCCAACCCAUGGACCAGCUGGAGCGACUGUGUAAGGAUCCCUAUGGAAACAACGUCGUCCGCAGCCUCCUUCUCCGAGGAUCAGGAACUGCUGCGCGCUUCGUGAUCAACGCAAUCAGCACAGAUAUUCUGAAGUUCUCCCGGAAUCGACACUCCAGCUUGGUAGUGGAGCGAUGCAUCAUGGUGUCGAGUGAUGAACGUCAAGAGGAGUUCAGAUGCGCCAAGGGCUUAGAGGGCAACCAUCCCUUUGUUUGGAUCCCGGUAGUGCUGAAGUAA